AUGACACACCGCCUGCCCCGCCAACAACAAAGGUAUUCUGCCAUGAACCAAGCACCAUCUGGAGCUCCAGCAACGAACGUAGAGAGCGGACUUGACAACUGGGUCGAAGCAGCCCUCUCGACCGCGAAUCCUGCCACCUCUGCACCCUGCUCGAGUAUUCCUAUCUGCUCGACUGCGACGUCUGCCACCUUUGCUGCAGGGUUCUCGAAUAAUUCAACCUCCUCAAUCGCAAACCACACAACAUUUGCAAGCUCUGCGAAUAACCCAGCCUUCUUUGUCACGGAUCCUUCCACUCGCAUACGAGUAGGCUUCGAAAGUGACUCGGCCUUCCGCGACCCCCCUCCACCCUCCCCGAGAAGACCGUUCGAGGAUUAUACACCAUUUGAAGCCUCUCCGAGAAGUUCAAUCCACGCGGACCGUUAUUCCUUUGAAGACCACUCAACCAAUCCAGCCUACUCAACUGUAGUUGUUGAUGAUACCAUAAGCUGCUACAUCCCUCGGCCUGUACCUGGAGCCAGUGUCACUGCGGCGAAUCAGACAUCAAGGUAUCAGCAGUUCAUCAACUUCAUACCCGAUGGGUGUUUAGAGUGCACCUAUCGUGUACACGACCUUCGCCACUGCGAGAAAGCCUGGGCUCCCCUACGCGACUUCGAAACUGUCGAACCGUUGAUUUGUCUGAACUGUGGGUGGCUCGGUCACAGCGUCUUCGGUUGUCCGUGUCCUCUUGCAGGAGCAAUUAUUCUUUGGCAUUACUCUCCUCCCCAGCUCGGCCAGGAAAGGUAUCCCCCCAAGAUCGGCGUUGUGGAAUUAGCAAAAGACAUCAAGCCAGGGUGUUACGAUAUCCCUUUCGCGCUGUGGAGGCAAUUGGCCCAGACCCAAGCGAGCUUCACAGCUCUUAAUAUUGAACCCGAUGACCAAACCGAUGACGAGGUCGAUAAUACCAAAGAGAUACAGAUAGAGGACGCUCUUAAAUUAUACCAAGCCGCACUCAAACUCCAUUCGCAAGGCCCGAACCUGUACCCCCAAGCCGCUGAAGCAUACACAAAUCUUUUCCGAUCCGAGAUUUUCAAAUACCCUGAAAGCGAAACGGAAUUCCUGCGGAUUGAAAAGAAUCCCGAACUCGAAUACACUGAAGCCGUACUUGGUAUUGAGCUGGCCGCUGCCGGUGCAGAUGGAGCACCAAGCACAUUGCCUCAAAUUCUAUACCUUUCAUACAAGAAUCACGGCCAGUUCAUACUGGACUGUGUCAAAAGCCGUCUAAAACAUGAGCCUCUUCCCAAGCCGCAGCUGGACUAUCAAGCCAAGGCUGCCAUCGACAAUUUUGCACUAGCACUCGCAAGCGAUGAAUCAGACGCCGAUUUAUGGAGACGAGCCGCUCGGAUAGGUGCUAUGCUCGGAAGUAGACGAAUCGCGAGAUAUUGUCUCGAAGCGGCGGUCGAAGUUGAUGACGACCCUACUGUGGCAGAGGUGGAGCCUCCUUCACUUGAGGAGGGGUUCGCCGGCGAGCAAUUGAAAGAGCAGCUAGAAGUUCUCUCAGACGAAACUGCGCUAUCACAUCCGGUCAUGACACCGUAUUUGAAGAGAAUCAUGCCCAAAUCUCUGACAAAACACAUGGACCCUUACCCCUUUCUUCCGAAUACGAUCAAAUCUUUGGGAACAGACACACCGGGCAGCGAAGGACCUGAGAUCACAGAAAGCCGCAUCAUCAUGAUAGUAGAGGACAGGACGUGGACGGCGAUUGGUGAUAAGCUAUGUGAGAGUUACAUUUCACCUAAUGGCCUUUCAGGAACCGGUAUUGUCAUUCGCCUGCCAGCGGAGAUCACCCAAUCCACAGAAAAUGAUGUGGUUCAACAACCUGGGGUCGAAGACCAGAUUAUGAAGGAUGCCGGUACCAUGGAAUCGCCAGUUGCCGAAAGCAGCGAAGCCGCAAUUGCGACGCCGGUUACCACAAGAUCUGACGAUCAACCAGUCGAAAUUGUAACAACGACUAUCACAGUACCGCUUGCUGACGAGAAACGCCAGUCAAGCGUUGGUUUGCCAACACGAAAGCGAUCCCAAUCAGCUGCAGGCAUUCGGUCCACCCCAGAAGAAGACAACGGCACGCAGAAGCGAAGCAAGCGUAUUAGAAACCGCGACAACACAGGAGAUGGCUCUAUCGAUCCUGCAUCUCAGCUUGCAGGGCAACUUGAAGGCUUUGUCAGUGCAGACAAGAAAGUGUUUCACUUUGUUGACGGGCUUCUCAAGAAACUUGGUGUCGAGGACUUAGGCAACUUGGAGAACCUGCAAAUAGCUAUGUCACAGACACAGCCCAUUGAACGAGCUGAAAUUGUGGCAAACACGGCCGUCAGAGAUCUGCGUGAUAUUCUGAGAACCUGGGACGAUGCUAAAGCUUCAACAUUCGUCAAUGGCAAUGCGGCUGAUAUUCUUGGCUCCUCCACUGGCAGUGCGAAUGCUGGACUGGCAGCCUUUCUCGAGCAUUCAAAGACUGGUCCGUUGAAAUUGAGCAGUAUACCUCUGUUCUCUGAUUCCGAUGGCCUUUCUGCAUUCGCUGUCAAGGUUGAAGCUGAGUGGAUGCCGCUGCAAGAUGUUAUAUAUGAGUGGAUGUGUGCUAUCCUUACUACGUACCGCCAGCACCUGUGGCCGGAAUCUUUGAAAGUUGCUGUGGUUCGCAUCAUCAGUUUCGUCGAUACUGAUAUAUUUAGUCGACUCCAGCUAGAAAUCUCGCGUACCCGUACGGAUGGCGGCGACAUGGAACAAUUGGAAGAGAUGGCCCAAACACUCUUCGAACUCCAUAUCGACAUUUAUUCUCGAAUCACAAAUCCCAACAGUGCAGUCUCCUACGAAACACGGACCAUUACCAAGGACCGAUUGGACCGAUGGGCAGACUUCACUGCGGAUGUCAUCCAGUCUCGCAAAUGCGCUUCCAACGAUGAGCUUUCUCUGCGAUACCUCUGGGCUUCGGUCUUCUACGCUACAAUGGCCGAUAACGUCUCUCGUGAGCACAAAGUACUCUGCUGGUCCGACCUCCAAGCCUUGCUCCGUGAAUCUGGCUGGCCCGCGAUCGAGCUGCAAAAUAAUGCAGUCAUGCCUGAAAUUUCUAUUGAAGCCGCAGAGCGAGAAGUAUCGAGACUCACCACGAUGGACUUUUUCUUCAACUUGUUCCAAACCGAUCGAUCAGAUCCAUUGGCGAUCAUCGAGACCUUGGAACCAGUUCUCGAUCCACAGUCUGCUUGUCAACCAGUUGAAGGCGAAGGCACUGAUCCUCCAGCAAGCACUGAUCCGGCGGACAACACUCCACCUGCUUUGCGUGACAUGUGGAAGUUCUUAAAGACGGGCAGUACAUCCCUGCGCUUGUUCCUCUGGCAAAGACUUCGUGAGGCUUACUUCAGCAUCGGAUACAAUACCAAAGUAUUUUCGUGCCAUCUAAAGAGCAUCGAGAUCAUCGUCGGCGAUCUGCGAACUGAAGAUUAUGUAGACAGCGCUGAUGAACCACGUCGGCACAAGCUGUUGAUGUGGUUGAAGGCAUUGGAUGAUCUGUUGGUCAAAUCGCUUACAAUCGCCCUAAAUGAUGCUGCAACAUGUUUCGAGAUCAUCGAUGAUCGUCACAUCAAAUCGACAUGUGCUGCCAUUGCCCAAUUGAACCGAGUCCUUCACUCCGCAGCAAUUUUCGACGAUGAAAUUAGAGUUGGCAUGACCCAAUUACCACAAACUCCCGCUUAUGCUCAUCACGGAUCAUUCAAUGGGUUCAUCAACAAGCUCCGCGAAAUGCAAGUUCGGACAUGGGCACUACAAUAUACGAUGGCGAAGGAGGCGAUGACCCAAAAUCGAGAACUCUUCCCAACACCGGACAACGACUUGGCCGAUUUCUUGGCACUCGUCCAUUAUUCUCUUGGUAUGCGAAAGUGCUGCAAGGCGUCAAACAAGAUAUUCCUCAAGAUGAUGAAGGUUGAGAUGAUCCGUUUGAAGCACGUAGAACAUUGGGAAGACUACCUAGGCCAAGUUCUGUACGAUCUCUAUGGAAUUCGACUCGGAGUUGGAGCAUAUCUACUCGAGGAACAUGGAUGUCCAACGGAGACACUUGAUAGGCGCACUGUCUUGAAUAUUGCAGAACAAGUUAUCCAGCUGGCGUUUCGUAUGCCGAUGAAAGACUUACUGAAGCACGAAUUACGGCCAACAAUUGAGAGAAUGCAGACCGCCGUUGGCCCAAACAAGUCUACUCCACAAAUGCUACACAAUCUCCGCAACUAUACGGAGUAUCUCAAGACUUCAGUUCGUCCAAUCGAUAUGUACAGGGCUUGGAAGGGCCAGGUUCAAGUCGAUUCUUUACCAGUGGUCUCUCCAGAGAGUCCGCUUGCAGAUAAAGACUGGUACUUCCUGCUCGGCAUGAUUGCCUUGACCAAGUUUCGCUCACAAAAGAGGCUCGGUCCGGGCGCUCAGACAGAUGAUAUGAGAGUUGGUGCUACCUUCAUGAGACUGCAGCUCCAGUUCAGCGCGGAUCACUGGGAGACGUGGUAUCGAUUGGCUCAGUGCUUCGACUACGAACUAGAAGAAGAGGUCAUGUGGAGUGCGGACAAGAUCAAUAAUCACCGAUCUGACUUGGUGAGAUUGCAGCGCAGCUCAAUCCACUGUUAUGUCAUGGCGUUGUCAACAUCAGUUCGUACUGCAGACAACUUACCUGCUACUGCUGAAAAGCUUUCUGAGAUGUACCACGAAUUUGGCAUGCGGAUCUACGCCUCCUCCCGUGAACCAUUUGGUAUGGAAGCCUUCUGGGUUGACGAAUUUGAGAAGCAUAUGAGCGGAGCCGGUGGCAUGUACAAGAAGCCAUUGCAUGAGGAGUUGAGCCGAUACAAGGCUUGGAUGUAUGCUGCCAAGCUGUUCAAGGAAUCCCUUAGGGACCGGCCCGACCUCUGGAUGAACCACUACAUGCUCGGAAAAUGCUACUGGAAGAUGUACUGUAAAGUUGACGACGAGUGGGAUGAACGAGCAAAGACAAGGAGACCAAGUAUCGAUAGCAUAAUCCAUGCUUUCGUCAAUGCCAUCAGGACGGUCCCUAAGCCCAAGGACAGCCGACAAGACCCCAUUCUUGAGCCUCACUAUAAACUUGCUUCAGUCAUCCACAAGCUCGUUAUCUCAAAGGCCAUGGAACCGCAGGCGGGUGCGGAUCUUCUCCAACAACAACCGUAUGCCAUUCGGAAGGGAGAGGCCGUCAAGAUUGCAGACCAGGACGAAUGGGAGUCAUUUAUCCUGGAAAUCCUUCGCGGUCUUCGCAACGCUGACAAACAGCACUGGCAGCAUCGCAUGAUUGCUCGUGUAGCCGGUAUCAUCUACGAUGAGAAUGAUCCUAGCUUCGUUACCGCAAAGGCCGCGGCUCACGAAUUCCGAGAGUCGAUCUUCACCAAAACCAUGCACAUCCAAGUUUGGAAGCCGGAUGCCGAACGACCCGGUCGGCAUUGUGUGUAUAUGGAACGAUACGUGCGCUACAUCACCAGAAUUUUCCUGUACACUGGCGAAAAGGCAAACAUGGAGGCUCUAUGCAAGCGGGUGCGCAAGAAGUCCACCGAUUUCCACCGCUUCAGUGUUGUCUGGACCGAAUGUUGCUCCACCUACCUAAAGCUCAUCCGCAGUGUAGCAAAGGUCCCAGCCGGGUUGGAUGAGCUCUUCAAAACCGUUAUUAACGAGGAGUUCAAUCCACUUUCCGACCGUCUCGCGGCCUGGAUGCAAGACCCGAGGAUGCAACAUCCUGCUCUUGACGCAUUGAGGGAAGCCGUCGAAUUGAAGAAGCUCAACUCCAACGCCAUGAAACCACAACCAAUCGACGAUCUGAUCAACGAUUCCUGGGCAGUACUAUACACUCAAGUCGCAAAGACACUUCCAGGUCCUGAUCCGUCAUCCCUUCAAGCCGCACAGCUAGAUGGGGCAGCAGACGCUCCACCACUAACCACCAUCCGAUCAAUGGGUCCCAUGAGCCUCAACAACCUAGUCAUGGACAUGAACGGCACUCAAAUUCCCGUGCCCGUCACAUUUGCCGGCAGUGAGCCCUCUCGUGCCCGCAAGGUCGGCGUCAGUCGUCGUGAGAUCCUCCGUCGCGCAGAGCUGGCAGUCAACCGUCCUCCUGACCCACCACGAGCCAUUGCACCCGCAAGUUCCCGACCACGAGUCUCAGAGCAGCCAUCACCGACCAUGAUCCUUGGCUCGAACGCUGAGCCGAGUCAACGAGGUGCAAGUGCCAGCGCUGUUGACUCCGCACCAAGAGUCGAGAUCUCCACGCAGCCAACGGAGACUGGACAGGAGCGGGAGAAGAGAGACGACGAUGAGAGCGAGAGGGGCAGUUUACACGAUAGUGCAGAUGAUGAGAGCGAUUUGAGCGAUGUUCCGGAUAUGGAUGAUGUUGACUCGUCAAUGAUGUUCCCAAACCUCGUACGCAGAGAUGGGCCGGGCAGCAAUACUGCCAACGAAGGAGAAAACGAGAACGAGCAUGAUCACGAGGGUGAGGGUAGAGGAGAAGAGACGAGCUCACCUGAUACUAAGGAGUGAGGUAAUUAUGAAGUGGAUGUGUUUCCAUAGUAUGUGUACAGGAUAUUGCAUUGCAAGACAAAACAAGAGUGAGCGGGCGUUUAUCUGGAGGAAAUGGGAAGCAUUGGGGGAAGAUACCCAGAUUAUGGCGCAGAUGGCUCUUCUAAGAAGAACUGGACAUGUAGGAAUAUUGAUCAUGCUUGCGUUUGCAUUUGCAUCAAAAGGGGUGGGAAUAGAUCAGAUCGCAUAGAUCAGAUAGAUUCCACUGAUGAUAAACAAAUGAGCUGAAAAUGAAGAUCAGCGGUCCCAUUCGCUGCAUAAUGCCAAGAUUGAAUCACUGGAAAUGGGGAGCCACAGUAAUCAUGUAUUUCGUGCUACGACUCGCCAGACACUGAGGCAAUAGGUAAUAUUCCAUCAACUUUACUCAAGCUUUCUCUGCAAUCAAAUCACUUGAUCAGCUAUCUCCCAGAGGGCCGG